GCCAACAAGCGAGCGCUUUGACUCAUGAAUGUGAAUGAGACGUAAUUUGCACGGCAUGAGCUUAACCCCAGUGAUUGAUCAGACUCCGGAGACCAGUCGCCGCGGUGAGGUCUAUUGCUCGGGGAUUUCAGUUCCUAAUUCGAUCUGAAACGACCUUUUUUUGAGUCGCCAGGAACAUCACCAUCAUCAUGAGCUCCGCAAUCUCUCAGAUUUCAUGCUUCUCCUCAAUCAGUCGCAAACUCCAGCUGCGGAAGCUAUCAAUCCCACCUGUAAUUCUUCGUUCCAAGUUGUCAGUUUCUAUGCACUUGGAUGGAAGUGGCACAGAACGUCAAAGUUCAGAGACCAAAACCACCUUAAGGUAUACAGCUGACACAUCAAGGUCACCUCUAGAGGGAACAACAAAAUCAUAUUCCAAUCCAGAAGAACAGGUUGGUGGAAACCUAGGAAUGGGUGAACCAUUAAAUGAAACUGAUGUCAUCCAAAAGAAAAGGUGUGCAAAGAUCCAUGACUUCUGUUUUGGAAUACCUUUCGGUGGACUUGUUUUAAGUGGAGGGAUUGUUGGUUUUCUAUUCUCAAGAAAUCUCACUACUCUGAGCACUGGGAUUCUUUUUGGAAGUGCAUUGUUGGCCUUGAGUACUUUUAGUUUAAAGGUUUGGAGGCAAGGGAAAUCUAGCUUACCAUUCAUAUUGGGACAAGCAGCACUUUCUGCAGCCCUUCUUUCAAAGCAUUUCCAGACCUACUCUUUGACAAGGAAAAUAUUCCCUACAGGGCUUUCUGCCAUUGCUAGUGCUGCAAUGUUGUGUUUCUACUCCUAUGUACUAAUUUCUGGAGGAAAUCCACCACCAAAAAAGAAGUUGGCUUCAAGCACCCCAUCAUGAUAUAAAUCUAAACAUCAUACCGGAUUAUCGGGAUUUAAGGUCUUUCUGUAAUCCUAUCAUGUUCUAUAGGCUGAUUAGGGGGCAUUGGUGAACUGGGACCAUGUUCAACAUGAAAAAAGAGGUAACAUCAGUAGAUGGAUUUUGAUUUAUAAGAGAGGAAAAAUGUUAUUUCAUUGUUCACGAGAUUUUUAAAUGUAUUUACGAUAUGAUAGGCGCAUAGACACAGUGGUAGCGUUCUCAUUUUUGUAUUCUCAGUUUGGUUUUGUUUCAUCAGAAAACCCAAGGGCCUGAUGUUCUUUAUCCUGCUCUUCAGUUGGUUUCUUCAUUUCUUCACCAGAAUUUAUUUGUAAUGUGUUGAUAUGACGUUGAUCCACUGCUUUUCCUCUGAUGUACGUUAUCAACGUUGGUAUAUCAUUUCUUCUGA